AUGAUAUUGUACCACACAUCCAUCAAAUGUAAAUUAUUAGAUUGUGAAACAAACUUCAUUUUAAUUGAAUUAUCGCUUUCAAAAGAAACUUUUUAUAUAGGUGGAUUAUAUGUUCCUCCUGGCUCUUUACCCCCUUUUCAAUUACUAUCUAAACAUCAAAACAAAUCAUUCUAUAUAUUUGGCGACUUUAAUGCCAAACACACAGAGUGGGGAUGUAAAAAUAAUAAUACAAGCGGAGUACAUCUUCAAAAUUGGCUAGAAGCAACAGGAAAUGAAUUAAUUGUUCCUCAAAAAGCAACAUCAAAAAGAUCUGACUCAAUUAUAGACUUUGGUAUUACUUGCGACGCAACUGGUUGGACUUCAGAAGUACUUGAUGAAGGCACUUCUGAUCACUAUCCGAUUCUCUUUCAAUCAUCAAUUUCAGUUGGAGAAAAUUCGUGUUUUAGGAUAACUAACUGGAAAAUAUUUACAUUCUUUCUAACAACAAUCUAUGAAUAUUGGCUUUCAGUGGUAUACAAUCUAGAUGAUGAAUCUUUUUUUAAUAUUUUUUCAUUAUUUCUCACAUCACUAUGGGACAGAUGUAGCAACUACGAAAAAGUAAAUAAAUACCGUCCCCCAUGGCCUCCAUAUCUUGUCCUUAUGGCAAAAUCUACUAAUAGAGCUCGUCGCAAAUACAGAAGAAAUCGUACAUUUUUAAAUCUACAAUUCUUUCUAAAUUUAAAAGAAUUAUUUAUCAAUGAACGCAAUCAUAUUCUAGAAUCAAAAGCAGAAAAGAAAUUAUCAUGGAUAUCAAAUGGACACAACAUAUGGAAAUUUGCAAAACCAUCUUUUCACUCCUUUUCUCCACCAUUUCAUGGUCUCUCAAUAGAUAAGCAAAAAAUAACCAUCUCACAGGAGAUCGUUGAUAAAGUAGCAGAUUUUUUUGAAGAACAUUUUCAAGAACCAAAGCAUGAUGUAAACAAUCCUGCUCAUACUGAAGCAAUAAUUUCAUAUAACCAAAUUGAAUAUACUCCAAAUAUUCCUCUUGAACAAAUCACAAUACUUGAAGUAAAUAACGAAUGGAAAAAAUUUAAAGGAAAGAAAUCUACUGACAGUAUGGGAACGUCUGCGUAUAUGUUAAAACAACUACCUCAAGAAUAUAUUACGAUAAUAACGAUACUUUUUAAUAAAUGUGCGCUAAAGGGGAAUUUUUUCGAAGCUAGUAAGCAUGCAAAAGUUAUUUGCUUAUCAAAAGAUGGGCUAUUUCCAGCAGUAAACAAGCUUAGACCUAUCUCAUUACUACCAAAUGUUGGAAAAUGGUAUGAACGUAUCAUCCACACUAGAAUACUGAAAUGGUGCGAUCAGAACAAUAUCUAUGUGGAUGAGCAAUCAGGAUUUACUGCUCAAAGAAGACUUCAAACAAGAAUCAUUUCAUUAAUUGAAGAUAUUAGACUAACAGUUACAGCAUGCAACAGACCCGCUCUUGUUGUAUUUGUUGAUUUUUUGUCCGCUUUUGAUAGGAUGUGGUAUCCUGCUCUAAUAUCCACGUUGAAAACACUCGAAAUGCCACUAUCUUUAUUGAAAUGGAUUGCAAACUGGCUGAAAGAUCGUACGCUAUAUAUUCAACAUGGAGAUGCCCUCUCCCGUAAAAUAAAGAUGUUUGUUGGUGCUCCACAAGGGUCAAUACUCGCCGCUACUCUUUUUAAACUGCACAUACAUUUCUUACCAUCGUGUUUCAUGAAAAUUACAACUCACCUCUUUGCCGAUGACUUGGCGUUGCUAUUUCUGGGAUCAGUUGAGAAAAAAUUCUCACACAAUAUAAUAGAUCUAGAAAUACAAGCAAAAGAUGUUAUGUUUAAUUUGGAGAAAUAUGCAAAUAAUAUGUUACUACCUGUAAAUGUUAAUAAAACUAAAGCACUCCUAGUGCAUAACAUAAUUUCCCCUCCGUUACCGCGUAUAAAAUAUAAAGAUCAAGAAAUUGAAUUUGUCUCUAAGUUUAAAUAUCUAGGAGUAACAAUCGCUUGUAAAUUAGGUUGGGGAAUUUAUUUAAAUAAUGUAUUAAAUUCUAUAAGGAAAAUAUACAACGCAAUGAAAAUUUUAUUUUAUAAUAUUCCAAAAAAAUUUAUUAGUCUUAGACGAAAACUUUUCUUAGCUUAUGCGCUUCCCCAUUUUAUAUGGAUGUUUCCAAUCUGGUUCUUUCUGACUGAAAAACAGAAGGAAAAGACAUACUCUUUAUAUUGUUCAGGAAUUAGAUUGGUGUAUGGAUUAAAAGGAUGGGAUGAUAUAUCUACCAUGAUAAUUAGUCAAGAAAAAUCUCUUUAUGAUUUUAUUUUUCGAUAUUGGUAUAAAUUUUCAUAUCAUCUUGAAACAGCAAAUGAAGCAACACAAUAUCAACAUACCUGGACAGCAUACCUAGCAGCUAAAUCGCCUGAUAAAAUUUGGUAUAGAAGCAUGGGGUUGAGAAAAAAUAAUUUUUUUCUAAAUAGACUUUCUGCGAGAGCGCAGCAUAGUAAAAAUGAUUGGAUAAGUUUUCGAGACAAUCACAAGAAGCAACAUGAGUAUUUUAAAAAUUCAACAUUAUAUUUAAAUAUGUUUAUUUAUAAAUACUUCUUAUUACCACCUUAA